AUGUCUCAGAGUUCUCCCUCAAAGAAAUCGUCUCCUUCCUCUGAAACAGCAUCAGGAUCUAGGGCACCCAAUGUGGUGAGUGAUCAAGAUGUUGUGUUGAAUGUUGUGCCAUUGAACUCUGUUCCUGCUACCGAUCCUGUUCGUAAUCCACCAAGAAAGAUGCAUGCAAGAAAAUCAACUGGUGGAUCUGUUCCAGAAACUUUUUCUGUUCAAGGGAGAGAGGGCUCUGCUUAUGUUCACAAUGCGAUCGCAGGUAUUGUCACAAGAAUCUUGAAUGAAGGGCACCAGGUUGAUGGAAUAUCUGUUCCUCUAGCCCAAAUUCCUGCCUCUGAGAACAGCAAAGAUGAUCAAGAUGGUAAAGAUGAUGCUAGCAAAGAUCAGGGUGAUGUUGAGACAUCUGUUGACAACAAUGAUGAGAAGACCCCUGGUGCCAAAGAUGUUGAGACAUCUGAAGCUAUCAAUGUUGAAACAUCUGGUACUAAAGAUGCUGAGAUUCUUGAACCUGAGAAAGCUGAAGAGGUUCCUGUUGCUCCUUCUAAAGAAACCCUUAAUGAAGGCCCUACUGUGCAUGAUGUGGUGAAUCUGGAUGAUCUGGAUGAUUCUAUUGACAUUGCUGAUGAUGAGCUCAUCUCUAGCAUCUCUCAUAGAGUCAAGACUCGUAAGGGCAAACAGGUUUGUGAUCAAGAUUUUUCCAAACCUCAAGUUACUCCUCAAGUUACUCCUCAAAAGAAGGUCACUAUAAAGAAGAUCAAGAAGGUCCCUGCUGAACCUUCAACCACUGGGAGCAAGACUGCAGUGAAGAAGAGGAAGGAAAGAAGUGUUUCUGCCCCUGAAGAUGAUGUCUUAAGUGAUUGUUAUGAAAUGCUUGUGAAGGAAUUUUUUGUGAACUUGUCUCAAGAUUGUGGUGAUGGAAGAACUGGUGAUUUUCAUAAGGUGUAUGUUAGAAGAAAGUGUAUAGAUUUUUCCCCUGCUGUUAUCAACCUAUAUCUAGGUAGAGAUGCUGAGGCUCAACCUGAGCUUGAAGUGACUGAUAAUGAGGUGUGCAAAGUAAUCACUGGUGGUAAGGUUAAGAAGUGGCCUAUAAAGAGCAAAUUGUCUGCUAGUUCUCUUAAUGUCAGGUAUGCAUUGCUACACAAAAUUGGUGCUGCUAACUGGGUGCCUACCAAUCACACUUCUACCAUUGCUGUUGGCCUAGGAAGAUUUAUUUAUGCUGUGGGAACCAAGACAAAAUUUGACUAUGGGACUUAUAUAUUUGAUCAAACUAUGAGGCAUGCUGGUACCUCUGCUACCAAGCUCCCUAUUGCAUUCCCAUCCCUGAUAUGUGGGAUAAUCCUCAAGCAACACCCUGGAAUUCUGAAAAGUAAAGAUUAUGUAUGUAAGAGGGAGAGUGCUUUGUCUUUUCACUACAAACUGCUCCAGAGGUCUGAUGACAUGACAUCUGCUGGGACAUCACAACCCAGCAAAUCUGUGGACAACAGGAAGAUAAAGCUUGAAAAGCUCAUCCAAAGUCUUGAGCAGUCUACAGAUGAUGAUCUUGCUGGUGACAAUAUGGAUGAAGACAAAGGUGCUGCUAGGGGGGCUGAGGAAGAGGCUGAGGAUGGUGAGGGCUCUGAGGAUACUGGGAGCAGUGAUGCUGCUGAUUCUGAUGACAAUACUGGUGGCUCUAGUGAUGAAGACAGUGAUGGGUCUGAUGAUUAG